AUGCCUCUACCCGUUCGCUCCUCGAUAUGCUUCCUAUGUCAAACCAGGACUAGCAUUGUCACUUCGCCGGCAGUUCUAUCGACAUGGCAAAGCACGCGAGCCAUGGGCACUGGGCGAUUGCAGCGCAAGUCCGCUCGCAUGUCCCUAUCUCCUAAUGUUGCAAGAACCUCGUUAAAAAAGCCACGAUCAAGCCGACAUGGACCAUGGGCGGCAACGAAUCAAACUGAGGCUCGCAUUCAAGACACGCCGCGAUCCCGAUCCCCUGCCGCUCUCAAACGUUCCGGUGAUGAUUCUAAAUCGAAGAAGCCCGAGGCCCCGUUGUAUAAAGCACUCAAAAUGCAAACUACUUUGUCUCCCGUGACGUAUGGCCGUCGAACUGCCAUUAAAUCAAAAAUUUCCAAUAUCACCAGCUUCGACCACAUGCCUCUCCUCCCCGCUGUGCGACAAUCAAUUUUCACAUCGGCCUUACCCACCCUCGCAGACAUCGUCCCCACUCCAAUCCAGCGUCUUGCCAUUCCCGCUCUUCUAAAUCCAAACACAGGACGAAAGAACAAACCUACCCAACCUUCCGAUGAUGAGCCUACCUACGACCAAUACCUUCUUGCAGCUGAGACCGGAUCUGGGAAGACUCUGGCAUACCUUCUUCCUGUCGUGGAUGCGGUCAAACGCGAGGAGGCCAUUGCGAAACAAGAAGAUGAAAUUCUCCAGCAAGAAAAGGCCAAAGAGCGUGAAGAAAGAAUGAAAACCCGGACAUUCGAGUUGGAACCUGAAGAAGCCCCUAUGACAGACGAAGCUCGUCCUAGAGCCAUCAUUUUGGUUCCCACAUCUGAGCUGGUGGCCCAGGUUGGAGCCAAGGUGAAAGCCGUUUCUCAUACUGUCAAGUACCGGUCGGGAAUGAUUCACUCGAACCUCACACCCCGCCGAAUCAAGAAUACUCUUUUCCACCCCGACGGUAUCGACGUCUUAGUUUCCACCCCGCAUCUCCUUGCAUCUAUCGCCAAAACGAACCCCUAUAUCCUCAGUCGAGUCAGCCAUCUUGUUCUCGACGAAGCCGACUCGUUGAUGGAUCGUUCUUUCCUCCCCACCACCAUGGAAGUAGUUGACAAGGCUGCUCCCUCGCUCAAGAAACUGAUUUUCUGCUCCGCCACAAUUCCGAAGAGUCUCGACAACCAACUUCGAAAGCGCUACCCAGACAUUCGACGCCUCACCACCCCGAAUCUACAUGCCAUCCCCCGUCGUGUGCAGCUGGGUGUUGUGGACAUUGACAAGGAGCCUUACCGUGGAAACCGUUCUCUUGCCUGUGCCGAUGUCAUUUGGUCAAUUGGCAAGGCAGGGGAAGGAACCGACGGCGAAACAUGGGGUCCCGUCCUUUCAUCAUACAUGGGACCAAAGACCAAAAAGAUCAUUGUUUUCGUGAACGAGCGUGAGGAGGCAGAUGAAGUUGCGCAGUUCCUCCAAAGUAAGGGCAUUGAUGCUGUCUCGCUAUCUCGUGAUACCACUACCCGCAAGCAAGACGAAAUUCUUGCGGAAUUCACAGAAGUUACUCUUCCACCGACCUCAGAGGAAAUCAUGCUUGCGAAGAAACAAGCUCGCAUGGAAAAGGAUAUUCCUCUGGAGCUUCCUACCCCAAGAUCUGAGGCUGUCCGCCGUCUACCUCACACCAAAGUCCUUGUCACCACGGACAUCACAUCCCGAGGCAUUGAUACUUUGGCGGUAAAAACCGUGCUGCUUUACCAUGUCCCACACACCACUGUUGACUUCAUUCAUCGUCUGGGUCGUCUGGGUCGCAUGGGCAAGCGUGGUCGUGGUGUCGUCCUGGUUGGUAAGAAAGACCGCAAGGACGUUGUUCGUGAGGUCCGGGAGGGCAUGUUCCGUGGACAAGCUCUGAUUUAG